AUUCUCACAUUUUGACAGAAACGCACAGUGAUAGAAAUCAUGCCGUUCAUAAAUAUAGAAACCAAUUUACCUGCAAGCAAGUUUCCAGAAGACUUUCUGAAAAGACUAUGUUCUACAUUGGCUGCAGCACUGGGGAAGCCGGAAGACAGGAUGAAUCUGGUGGUAAAGCCUGACCUGCCAAUGCUUUUUGCGGGGUCCAGCUCCCCAUGUGUGUUAAUGACCGUGUCGGCCAUUGGAGUGACCGAUACUGCGGAGAAAAAUAAGCAGCAUAGUGCUAAGAUCUUCCAGUUCCUGCAAGGAGAAUUUGGGCUGAGCGAUGACCGGAUUUUGGUGUUGUUUUACCCUCUGGAGCCAUCACAGAUUGGGAAAAAGGGAACAGUAAUGAGCUUCCUAUAAGACUCAACAUUCCUCGUGGAAGUGAAUACUUUUUAUAUGAUUCCUGUUUGAGAUCCACUUAGUGGAACAUGCAUUGCAGUAUAGGCAAGUUGUGUUCAUAUAGGAUUGAAAGUAUUUGGCAUUUAACUCAAGCUUUAUUUUUUCCUUAAGUACAUUUGGUGAUUUGACAAUAAUUGUUUUACUGUUAAGUUAAAAAUAAUGCAUUUAGCAUUUGGUAUCAGAACAAAUAGUGGGUUAGCUGUGUCUGUUUUUAGAUAAUGAUGAAAGUAAUAUUGAUGAAAUCAGUCUAUGAGAGAUUAAUUUAUUUACAAAUGUCAUUUUUUUCUUGAUGAAGUGGCACUUUAAUCGGAUCUGUUAAAUCAAAACAUGAAUAAUCUUAUUGCCAGCUUACUAAAGCCACUGAUAAUAUCUUAAAUCACUUAAAACAGUAUGUGUCUGAAUGAGGUUUGAUUGCACAUUAUCUUCAGCGAAAUAUAUUACUUGUAAACACAUUUGCUCUGAUGUAGCACACUAACACGAUGUAUUUUAUCUCUGUCAUCAACUACACUGAUAGACUUUUAUUUGAGUUUAUAGAAAAUAAAAAAUCCUCUUAAA